GUAUGCCAUUUGAUCUAUAAAAUGCUUGUAUAAAGAUUUCAAGAUUUCUCCAAAUAGAUCGAAGAGAUCGAUCCCUUUGUAUUUCGUUUCCAGCAGACAACAAUUCGUAAUCAACAACAAAUAUUAAUUUACCUCGUGUAGAUGUAUUUGCAAUAAAACGACUACGAAUUUAUCAUAAUGUUAAGCAAUUCAUAAUUUUUGCAUGUGUGUCUUUCAUUUUUACGAUAAACGUAGAGCUAGUUUGUAAAUACUGUUGAAAUGGCUGCGUUAUAUCGUGUUUUAAAUUAUUUGGGGAAAAAUGUUAUAUCGACGGCACAGAAUAGAAAUAUAUCGUUGUCUGCAGUAACGCGUAUUAAAGAAAUUGUCCAAAAGAAAGAAGGGAACACUUUAAUUUUCGAAGCCGUAAUAAAGCCAGAUCCCUACGAAGGACGAUUCCUGAAAUCAAAAAAUGGGGCAUGUUCUAUCUGUUCUGCUGGUCUCGAUAUUAAACAUACCGAUGUUCUUAUCUUAAAUCAAUUUGUCACAUCGGAGGGAAAUAUAUUACCACGAAGGGUCACGGGACUUUGCGAAAUGCAACAGAAAAGGAUUAGCUCAUUGAUAUUAAUGGCUCAACACGCAGGGUUAAUGCUAAGAAGAUCUCCUAAAGGUGGUCUGCUUCAUCCUUUACAGAAAAGGAAAUGGAAAAAGUUCAACAGCUAUUACGAUGAAAGAACUAUUAGAGCUAGAUACAAGUAGUAAACAGUACCAUUUGUAAACAAUACAAUAAACGUUUAAUGUUACGU